UGGAAGCGUGGGAAACUAUUCAUGUAUUUUGAUACGAAUUUUACAGUGGUUUUAGGCCUUUGAGCGGUUAUCAAAGCGCAGGCCUCGGGGAUUAUUAGCCAAUACUGAGAUAGCAGCAGUAUUCAGGCCGAACGAGGCUGGGAUAUUUGUAAAAAGCAGUUUAAGAAGCUGCCCGGCUAAUAAUAGUUGGUGGUUAGCAGUUAGCGGCUAGUGAAGCUACACAAAAGGAAUGCGGGUUUUGGCAUUGAAAAUACAAUCAAACUAAACCGAACCGCCGGAGGUAUAACUGCACAUCUCUGCCCAAAGGGAUAUUUAGCUGAAACUUUAGAUUUAUACUCGUUUAUGAUCUUAAGCAGGCAUUUUACAGAUCCAGAUAGUCCUGAUUUUGGGCUCUUGUCUGCUCUAAACGUGAUAUCAACGCUUUAAAAGGAAAUGAAGCGACUAAUAAGGACUUAAAUCACAAAAUGGAGCUGGACUGGCACAGAAGUCUCGCUAAAAGAGGAAGCUAACACGACGCCUGCUCAUUUUCAUGUUGGAUAUUGUGAUUAAACCUUGCUGUGGUCCUAUGAGGCGAGGCUUUACGUGCACAUUGAGUGAAAAAGUGCGUUAAAAUUUGGCUCAAAGCUGAAGAUUCUUGGACAUUUCCCUCUUGAGAAGACGCGAAUUGCUGUUGUAAUCUUAAAACAUGGCAGCCCCCGCAAACGAGGCCUUAUUUCUCAUAAAGGACGUGAAGCCCGGAUCUAAAAAUCUCAAUAUAGUGUUCAUUGUUUUGGAAAUAGGCCGAGUGACCAAAACUAAAGAUGGACACGAGGUGCGCUCUUGUAAAGUGGCUGAUAAAAGUGGAAGCAUCGCUAUUUCUGUUUGGGACGAGCUCGGGAGCCUCAUCCAACCCGGAGACAUCAUCAAACUCACCAGAGGGUACGCGUCGCUGUGGAAAGGCUGUCUCACACUGUACACAGGGAGAGGGGGAGACCUGCAGAAGAUUGGAGAGUUCUGCAUGGUGUAUUCUGAAGUGCCCAACUUCAGUGAACCAAACCCAGAGCUGCUGGCCCAGGCCAACCAGCAGAACAAACCAGGCAAACCGGACCAGAACCAGAACCAGAGAGGAAACUCUCCUCCCAACCAGAACUCAGGUACAACUGCUCCGCCAGGUAAUGGUGCCAUGACGUCCUUCUCCACAGGGGGCGCUGCUCCUCCCGCUGCGGCCGGGGGCUUUGGGACGUCUCGUCCGAACGGUCGCGCUCCCGGGAACAAUGGUUCCACCCAGAGCUCGGUGACAGGACUGCCCCAAAACCCUGGCUCCAAAUCCUCUGUGUCCAUCAGCAACGGCAGAGACCCCCGGCGAGCUAAGAGAUGAGAGCUGCCACUGCUGUGCCAACCUGCCCCGGGGCAGACACAGGGCCAACACGCCGCCAGCGCACAAAACCACAUACAGCUCACAGGCCUGUCACGAUAACAGUCUGAAGCACGAUAUAAUGCUACAGAAAAGUGUCCCAAUAAACGAUAAUGGAGCCAAGUGACCGCCAAAAACGAUGGAUAUUAAAAGUGUGAAAGGUGAGGGCGGAUCAGCUCUGUGCCCACAAGACCCAGACUAUAUUUAAAGAGGGGGUCUUAUGCAAAAUUGUUCUUUUUUUUGAGCUCUAUCAUGUUUCUACCACGUUUCCUCAUCACAAACCCACCCAAAGAGGUUUUAGAUGUCGUCCAUGCAUGUUUGAGUAAUCUAGUGAUCUCUCCUGGAGCUUAUUCAGCACUCCAACUGCGCUUCAAAAACUAAAGUGAAACAUAAAGGGUAGCCUGGCGAUCUAAAUGUCUUGUGUAAGCAGUUAAUACCCCCUCUUUAACUCUACAAAAAGUAACACAUCUGGAAAAACGCUGACUAACUUAAAGCGUUUCAAAGUGGAUAGAGUCAUUAUCGUGACAGGCCUGAAUCAUAUCAACAGUAGUUAGGUUUCUGCAGGGCUGGGUGAUAAAGUCAAUGAUUUUUUUUUUUACGCAUUAGUCUAAAAAAACUACAAACAUGACUGCCGAUGUUCUUGUGAACUGUGCCAAAUGACCUGAAAUAGAUUAGAGUCAUUUUGAGAUGACAUUGUAUUCUGGACACAUCCUCAUUAUUUGAAAAUAUUCCGUUUUCAGUUUAAUUGUAUGUUUUUUUUUGUUUUUUUUUUUUAUUUCUUGGCCUUUGCGAUUAGAUUUGAGAGUCCACAUCUCCUGACCUGUAAACUAAUCUCAGAAUCCUGUGCAUUUCAGAACACAUUUGUAGAGAUCUAACUAUUAGACUAUAAUUUAUUUUUCACAUGUACGAAAGUUGAAAAAAUCACAUUGCCAACUGUAUUAAGUCUUUAGAAUCUUGUUUAAAAUAUCCAAUUAAACCUGACACUUCAUUUAAGAUACUUUCUGAGCUACUAUGAGCAGCCACUUCUCUUUGAAAUUGCCUCAAGGCAGAUGUGGCACAGAAAAAGACUUUAUUUCAGUUAAUUUUAGUUAAAGGUCCUAUAUUCUGCAAAAGUGACUCUUGUGAGCUUUAAGUCACAUUCGAAUGCUGUUACCUUCUCAAAAACACACCUGGAGUUGUUUUGUUUCAUUGACAUGUUUGAGUAACACUUUAUUAUUAGUCUGUCUACAUCUCCAAAGCUCCAAAUGCUCUGUUCCACCUUGUGAUGUCAUAUAGUGGUAGUUUUCAAGUUAACAGCUCCAUUUACCUUGAGUUUAGCCUGAAACAGAGGCGUGACACAUGUGAGAAAAAAAUAACGGUCCACAUGUGUACACAUCUGCAGCAGGACUGAUGUAGAAGUCAUGUUGCCAUUUUGACAACCUACUCAUAGUUUGGAGCGUCAACUUUUUUGCCACGUGUACACGUGUGGACCAUUUCUUCUCACGUACACUUGAGUAGCUCGGGUCUCCUCCCGUACGUCACGUGGACUGUGUAAAAACAGGACUAAAACAAGGACUCAAACCAGGAUUAAAACCAGCCUUAAAAUCAGGUCAGAACUAGGAUUAAACUAAGAUCUAAACCAGGACUGAAUCUAGGUCUAAACCAGGACUAAAUCUUGGUCUAAGCCAGUACUAAACCAGGACUGAACCUAGGUCUAAACCAGGACUAAAUCUACAUCUAAGCCAGGACUAAACCAGGACUAAAUCUAGGUCUAAACCAGGACUGAACCAGAAUUAAAUCUAGGUCUGAACCAGGACUAAACCAGGACUAAAGCUAGGUCUAAACCAGGACUAAAUCUAGGUCUAAGCCAUGACUAAACCAAGGUCUAAACCAGGACUAAACCAGGACUAAACCAGGACUAAACCAGGACUAAACCAGGACUAAACCAGGACUAAACCAAGGACUAAACCAGGCCGUGCAGAGUGGGUGGGGUUCUCGGCUCGGCUGUUUUUACCUACUCUUAGGAGUGUCGCACAUUCACCCACAGUUUGAAAACCCCUGGUCUGAAAUGAUUCCAGUGAUUCUCAUGAAGGUGCAGUUUAAAAACAAUGGAACACUUCCUGUAUUACCACAUGACAUCACGAGGUGGUCACCGGGUUUGUUUGUGACGAGGAAACUCCAGUAGAACACACAGUAGAUCAGGAAAUGGUGUCAUGCAGGCCCUUUAACCUGAUUAAGCUCCUGUUUUUAGUCAUUUACUUCUUGUAAUUAUGAAAUUCUUGGACAAAAACAAACAACCUGAACUGGGAGUCGCAGCCACUUCUCUGUGAAACUGCGUCAGGGCAGAACAUUUGAGUAGUAGUAGUUUUUAGUCUUCUCUUGAGUCUUUCACACAAAUGUAUGGACAAAACUUUACAUUUUAACAGCCUAUUUAUUACCCAGCCCUCUGACAAAUUGCACACAGUUGUGGUUUGAAAUCCAGGGAUCAAAAUUCCGUCUUUUCGUUCUUCACAAACCGUUUGGUGCCAGCGUUGCCUACCCGUCUCCUCCUCUCCGUCGCCAUGUUAGAAACGACACACCCGACGUGACCCGGAACACUCGCGCACUUUGUUUUCAUAAGUCAAAUGAGCAAACGUUUUCAUCUGAAGUGACUGAAAAAGGGUGUGAAAAGGAAGAAGAUGGAGGAGGACAUUUUUGCGUCUUUUUUUUUUUUUUGGAUGUAGGUUGUAUGUUUUAUCAAGGAGGGACCACUCAAAACGGCCUAAUAAAGUUGAAAUGGGGGAAGACGAUUACGGAGAAACAGACAGGAGCAAAGAGGCGGGGACUAGACCGGGAGUAAACUUUCAGGCCAAGUACUUGUUAGAUUGAGGAAAAGUAGGCUCAAGUCAGAACUAAACCAGGACUACACCCAUGUUAAGUAUCAUAAAAGCUGUAUAAACCAGGACUAAAACAGGUCUGGAUCUGGAUUAGACCAGGAUUUAACCAGAACUAGACUGGGACUUGGUCUUUAAGAUUAGGUCAGAACUAAAUCUGGACUAAACUGGACCAGGAUCUAAACUAGGACUAACACAUGUAUUUGUUUCAUAGAAGAGACCAAGACUAAACCAGGACCGGACCAGACCAGGACUUGGUCUUCAGUGCAAGUGCUUGUUCCACAGAAGAAAAGUAAGAUUAGGUCAGGACUAAACCCAGACUAAAUCAGGACUUAACCAGAACAAGGACUAGACCCAUAUAAGAUCUGAAAUAAAAGCUGUAUGAACCAAGUCUAAACCAGGUCUGGACCAGGACUAGACCAGGACUUUGAGAGCAAGUGCUUGUUCCUUGGAAGAAAAGUAAGAUCAAGUCAGGACUAAACCUAGACCCUGGUCCAGUUUAGUCCAAACUAGGACUAGACUAGGACUAACUCAUAUAUUUGUUUCAUAGAAGAGAUCUGUGCUUGUUCCACAGAAGAAAUUACUUCAGGGCUAAUCCUGGACUAAAACAGGACUUGACCAGAACCAGACCAGGACUAGACCCAUAUAAGAUCUGAAAUAAAAGCUGUAUAAACCAAGUCUAAACCAGAAUUGGACCAGGACCAGACCAGGAAUUUUAGAGCAAGUGCUUAUUCCAUAAAAGAAAUUUAAGAUUAAGACAGGACUAAACCAGGACUGGCCCAGGUCUACUAAACAUUUAAUGCAUCCUUGUUAUCAAUAGAAGUAACCAGGACUAAACAAGGACUAGACUUGGACUAACUCAUCAUGUUAGUAUUUGUUUCACAGAAGAGAUCAGAACUGGAUCAUGUCUGAAAUAAAAAACAAACAAACUGUAAACCAGGACUAGUGCAAGUACUGGACCAGGACUAAACCAAAUUCAGACCAGAUUUUACACUCAGUACAAGUUUUAAGGUCAUAUUAUUGACAUUGACUAGGCACAUUAACACGGACUCUAGCGCCCCCCUCUGGUUUGCUCCUGUGUGCUUCUGCUCCAAUCAAUCUGUGCAAAUAAACUUCACUUUUCACUGUGUCUGUCUUCAAAAAUGUCAAAUAUCGAGAUUGGUUUUGUCCGAUUGUGUUGUUGACUCGUUUUCUUCGCAGGUGAAAGUGAAAUCUAAGCAUCCACACACACUUUGAAACACAACACAACUAAAAUAAUAAAAAUAAAAAGUCCCUGAACUCCCGAGUGUCCAACAGUGUCCGCCAUUUAACGGCCCUGUAGCGCCAUCCAGUGCAUAAAAUAGGACACUGCAGUCAGUAAGAUGGUGGCCCAAGCACACAGACAAAACGACUGAAUCACAUCCUAGUUAAAGGAUGACAGGAACAUUACAGAAAUCUGACUCCAGUAGUUCAUAGUGUUUUUAAACUGGGAAUAAAAUGUGGCUGGAUUUGGAUGAGGA